AUGUUCACGACAACACUCGAUCCAAUGCAAUUCCUACGAACCACCAAAGCUAUAAUGACCAUACCGGACAUCACUUUCACAUCCCAAAACCCAAGUCCUUCUCCUAUCUUCAAAUUUGCUAUCCCUCCCGAUGAGAACAUGGACACAAAUCGAUUAUUCGCUUCGAAGACCAUUCUAGGCGGAAGCAAACCUGUUGAACUUUCUCCAUCACACGAAGGAUCAGUAGGAGUCCCACAAGUAUUGGUCCCUAGGACCUCCUUCAACAGAGGAGAAUCCUCAAGGUUCCCCAGCCCUCAUGAUGGAGCGGUAGGAGCGCCGCGUGCGUUUGCUACAAAAUCGUUCCAAGGAAACACUCCACGAGAAGGAGCUGUGAAGACUUCACGGUCAUUGGCUUCGGCUGGAAUUCCGCGUAUAUUGGCUCCAGUUUUGGCACCACUACCACUGGCUCCAGCACUAGCACCAGCAUUAGCACCACUACCAGCAGCAACCAAUUCCUUCGGCAGCACACGAGGCAAGUGCCCACUCGACAUUCUGUUCAUCGUUGACAGUUCAGGAUCUGUAGGAGAGAUAUACGACAAGCAGAAGGAAUUUCUAUUUGAUUUGUUAUCUUCGAUUGAGCCGGAGAAUCAGUCGCACAGAGUCGGUCUCAUACAAUUUGCCGGUGCGAAAGUACAAAAAACUGAAUGGUCCUUUGACACCUAUCGAGAGCAUACGCAACUAAUGGAGGCGUUCAAUGGAGUACGUCAUUUCACAGGUACUACCUACAUCGGAGCCGCGCUAGAACUAGCCGUUCAACUGCUGGAGACUCGACGGCCAGAUGUUUUAACCCUUGUUGUACUUAUUAGCGAUGGAUUCUCACAAGAUGAUGCGGUACGUCCAGCAGAAGUGAUAAGAUCAAUGAGAAAUGUCGAGUUCUAUGCUGUCAGCCUAUCUCAGCUCAGCAACAGGGAGUACUUGCGCCAGUUAGUGAAAGACGAAGAAAAGCUGUCAAUGGAUAAAGAUACGAGUAACUUCAGUAAUCGUCUCAAAUCACGUUUCUACUGUGGUAAUUAA